UAGUGUGAGCCAAUCUCUGAAGGAACUGGAUCCCACUCUUCCCACAAUGCUGUUUGACAGCCCAUUUAGUCUGAUCUAUAAGGCGAGGGUGCCUGCCCAGUUUUUAACCAAAACGAUGCCUUAAAAGAUGCCUCGUAAGAUUUUAUUUAUUCAUCAUUCAGAAUUUUGUCCGUUUUUUUUUUACUCUGCGUGUGGAUCCGCCCUUAAAAAACACAAAUAAAGAUUUUCUGCAGCAGUGUGUGCGUGACUGUCAUACACAUACAGUAUUCUGCAGUUUCAUACGCAAAUCAUUUCUAAAUGCAGAGUUGCCAGCUAAAUGAUCCCAUUGAACCUUUUGGCCCUGAUACUUAAAGCUCUCAGUGCACACUUUGGCUUUUUCGGAGGCGGGCUGAGUGAGCAAGUGUGUGUCUGAAUGUUCCUUUUCGAGGCAGCAGAGUCAGGCAAGCAGGCGGGGAGCGAACAUGGACAAGAGGGAAUCAUGUGGCAACAGCGUAGCCUUCAAACAGCCACACGGCACGCAAAUAGAGUUCACUGAGCAGAAGCAAGAACUCAGCAAACGUACCGCCAACACUGGUCGUCGCACGCUGUCUCAUUCCAUCUCGCAGUCCUCCACAGAUAGCUAUGGUUCAGUGGGCAGUGGCAGCUCGGAGGACGAGUCCUCUCCCCGGGACAGGUCUCAGAAGACUCACCAGGGCCUCUCUGACUUCUGCGUCAAAAACAUCAAACAGGCGGAAUUUGGGCGCAGAGAAAUAACAAAUGCCCAGAAAGAAAUGCCAGCGCUAAUGGUCCUGAGGAAAGGAGCAGGCGGGGAGAAGCCAUUGGCUGGAGCCAAAGUCUUAGGGUGCACGCACAUCACUGCACACACUGCGGUGUUGAUCGAGACUCUCUCGGUUUUGGGAGCCGAGUGUCGCUGGGCAGCCUGUAACAUCUUCUCCACUCAGAACGCUGUGGCCGCUGCUCUGGCCGAAGGAGGCACUCCGGUGUUUGCAUGGAAAGGAGAAUCAGAAGAGGACUUCUGGUGGUGUAUCGACCGAUGCGUCGGUGCUGAGACCUGGCAGCCCAACAUGAUACUGGAUGAUGGCGGCGAUCUGACCCACUGGAUCCAUAAGAAGCACCCAAGCCUGUUCCAGAAUAUCAAAGGCGUCGUGGAGGAAAGUGUUACCGGCAUCCAUCGGUUAUACCAGAUGUCAAAGGCAGGCAGGCUGAUUGUCCCGGCUAUCAACGUCAACGACUCGGUGACCAAGCAGAAGUUCGACAACCUUUACAGCUGCAAGGAGUCCAUACUGGACGGGUUGAAGAGGACCACUGGCGUCAUGUUUGGAGGAAAACAGGUGGUAGUGUGCGGAUACGGGGAGGUCGGCAAAGGUUGCUGCGCUGCCCUGAAAGCGUUGGGCACUAUUAUGUACGUCACAGAAGUGGAUCCCAUUUGCGCCCUGCAGGCCUGCAUGGAUGGCUUCAGAGUGGUUAAACUGAUUGAAGUGGCCCGGCAGGUAGACUUGGUCAUCACCUGCACAGGCAAUAAACACGUGGUGGGAAGGGAACAUCUGGAGAGAAUGAAGGACGGCUGCAUACUCUGCAACAUGGGAAACUCCAGCAGCGAGAUUGAUUUGGGGAGCCUGCAGACUGCAGAGCUCAGGUGGGAGCGUGUGAGGCCGCAAGUGGACCACGUUGUUUGGCCGGACGGCAAGAGAAUCGUCCUGCUGGCUGAGGGCCGUUUGCUGAACCUGAGCUGCUCCACAGUUCCCUCAUUUGUCCUCUCCAUCACCGCCACAACGCAGGCUCUGGCUCUCAUUGAGCUGUACAGCGCUCCAGAAGGACGAUACAAACAGGACGUCUACCUGCUGCCAAAGAAGAUGGAUGAAUAUGUCGCCAACCUUCACCUGCCGACGUUUGACGCUCACCUGUCGGAGGUGACUGAUGAACAGGCCAAGUACCUGGGCAUCAGCAAACAUGGGCCCUUCAAACCCAACUACUACAGGUAUUAACCUUUCGGUGGACUAAAAAGAGAGCUCUCUGUCCUGCAGACAAAGCACUGGCCCUCAGUCUUACCCAGACUCAAAAAGAGUUUGAGUAUCUGUUGUUGUUUGUAUGUUUUUCCUGUUCUUAAAUGUUCACAAUGUAAUCACGGUGAAUUCGGAAUUAAAGCUAAAAUAGUUAGUUGAGAGAAACACAAAAUGGUGAAUCGAAGUAACCUAUUCUUCUGCAUCAAAUAAUAACAAGAUGUACUGUUGUAGCAGUAAAAUACUGUAUAUUUAACCAAUAACAUCUGAUGACCUUUCAGUAUAUUAUUGGUAAUCUUAGUCAACUGAACAUUGAAAACCUCAUUUAAACAAAGCACAUAAUUGUCUAACAAAAGUGAAUAAAACUUUUGAUAAACUGUACUUGAUAAUCAACUAAUUGCUGGUUGACAUACUGUAUGUAUCCCAGAUAUUAAGGCGAUGCUUGUAGAAACAGUGUUGUUUGAUAUCUGAUGGAUUGUGAUGGACAUAUAAAAACAAUGGACACAUAAAAACAGAAUGCAACAAAGGCAACAUAUUUUUCAUUGAUUUCUAAAUGUCAGUUGUAGUGAAGCAUUCAUUAUUAUUAUAAUAAAAAUAUUAUAAACAUA